AUGGAACUGAACAAAACAGCCUCUGUGAAUGACGCAUAUGCUUCUCCUGUUACUCCAACAGGUCCACCACGAACAACCACAAACCAGAACGACAAAGUGCUUGGUCUGGUGCCUAUAAACUGGAUUAAAGGCAUUGAAAUGGACUUAUCCAGAACCUCGUACCGCUUAAAAGAUCUAAGAAACAGAAUUGGUCUCCAGUCACUGAAGAUCGAUCAUGUUCAUACUGCCACACAGAUAUGCUUUAGACUGAUUGCUAGUGUGGAAGCAAAAGCUGAUGAAGUUGCAGUUAUUUGUAACGAAAUGAGGAAUAUUCUUCCUGGUCUUUGUCAACUUCAAAGUAUUUUGAUACGCCAGAUUGGCCAGCUGACUGCUGACCUUAAUGACUUCUUCCAGACUAAGAAGUUUAAAGUAAGUUCAAUUUCAUGCUACGAUCCAGCCUUUUUGCCUGAAGAUACUCAAUUGUUGGAAAAAUUGGAAUUUACAGUGGAUCUGGAGGAAAUACUGGACCCUUCACUGGUAGCUGAAACCUUAUACUAUAUGCCUCAUGCACCAAGAAGCUUUACUGAAACGUUUAUCAAAGAUAUCCAGCCCAAAUGGAUUCUUGGAAACGAUCUUAAUGUUACCGCUGGAACGCUUACAAAGGCUAAGUUUCUAGAACAACUACCGACUUUGGCAACCAUUCAGUACUUGAUUGGAGAUGGAGAGGAUGUCAAACCUAAGGAUGAUGGGUUUAGUGUGGUGAGCAGUCGAAGGAAGAAGAAGAACUCGAAGUUGGUGUAUAAAGAGCCGGUGCUUGAGUAUCCUGUUGGGGAGAUGUACUUUAGUAAGGUGGAGAUAUCCAGGAUAAAGAGCGACUCGAACCAGCCUUGGAAGGACUCUUUUAGUGAUAUGGCGCUUAAUGUCAUUGUCGCUAAGAAUGGGAAGAAGGAGGAGGAGGAGGGGAAGGAGGAAGAGAAGGAAGAGAAGGAAGAUGAGAAGAAAGAGGACUAA